UCCUGGUGACUCCUGGAGGAGGCAGGGAAGUGUAGACACGUGGUUUGAAACCGCCGCCCCCCUCCCAUUUUUCCCCGGGAAGGACGUUUGAGCUACUGUCGCCUGGAGUCUUUUCCGAGGUUGGAGGAAGAGUUUCGCUUCUGCUCGAUUGCAGGGAAGGAUAAGUCCUGCAAAAAGUGGCCACCAGUGGAAGAGUCUGAAGGCUUAAUAUUGCAGAAAAGAAGCGACCAGAAGUUGCCCCCAAGACUACUGCUGCUGUGUGGUAGUGAUUGUGUAGCGGGCGAUGGCUGGUGUGAGUGGCGACGUUGUUUCUGGUGCAUCAGGAGGGACCUCUACAAAGGGACCAGGGAGAGGUGUUGGAUGGAGGGAGGCCGAAACCAGGGACCUGAUCAGGAUUUGGGGGGAGCCGACGGUCCAGCGGGCCCUGAAAAAAAGCCACAAGAACAUGGAGGUGUUCGAGAAGGUGGCUGCGGACAUGAGGAGCUGCGGCCACGACAGGACGGCCAUCGAGUGCCGCACCAAGACGAAGUCACUGAAGCGAGAUUUCAAGCGCGUGGUGCAGCACAACAGGGUCUCUAGCAACAGGAAGAAGACCAUGCCCUUCUAUGAGGAGCUGGACGUGAUUAUCAGGCACGGCCCCCCAUCGUGCGAAACACGGAGCAUGGCCUACACCAGGACGACGACAGGGUACUUCCUCCAACCUCCACCCCCCUGCGAGUCGCCGAGUCUCUUCCCAACAAUCAACGAAACGGACAUUCGCGCUGCUCCACCAAGUCCUGUGGACUCGGGGGCUGCCAACGACCUACUGCCUGACUCAGAAUCAACGCGGAUUGAUGAGGCCAUGCUGCUGGCUCAGCCAGUUGGAGAGGAGUGUCAACCUGCGGGGCCCUCACAAGCAGAGGCACAUGGUGACUCAUCCAAUGAAAGAACCUCUAGCGGCCAAACUAGAUCGGUGCCAGCCGUGGAGACGAGCCCAGAGCGCAAGGCGUUGUUGGAGAGGAGGAGGCAGCGGAGAGUCGGUGUUCUUUCGGAUCUCGGACACCAGCUCCUAGAACAAGGCGCUGUGGAUAUGGAAGAGGCCAGGCUGGGCAGGCAGGAGAGGCGGGAGGCCAUGAACAGACACUUUGAAUUGAUGCUCGGCAUUCGGGAAGCUCUUGAUAGGGGUUCCGCCGCAGUCGAGGCUCUGAGUAGGAUACUUACUUCAAAGUUGAUGAGUCAAGACCCGGUGCACCAGCCGCCGCCCCAAGAGAAGCGCCCUGCGCCAUCCUGUGCAUUGCCGGGUGGUGAUGCGCGGCCAACCCUGGCCAAGGACACACCCCAACUCCCAACUCCAUCAGGGAAUUUUUCCGAUCCCCUCAACCCCGUCCCAGAAAUGCAGCCAACCGUUUUGCAGGGUGCACCGUUGCUCAGAUCCCAGUUGGCAGCACACGACUCAAACCCUGGCUCGCAUGGUGUGCGUUCAAGUUCUACAAUCCCAGGAGCUGGUGAGGGUGCUCUGCUCCCCCCUGGCACCCAGAGCACCCCGCAGGCUGAACAGCAGGAAGGGUUUGGGACAAACCAGCCCAAGACAGGGGCAGCAGAAUCAGGAGCGCUCAGACAAGACGGCGUCGGGCAAGCGGGCAAAGAAAGUUAAGCGUGUCCUGGACAUGUGGGUGGGGUGUUCCAGACUGGUGACCACCGUUGCCCUGGUUUCCCACCACGUUGGGAGCUGUCUGGUGUGCCAUUGUCUACUUGACUGUUCUGUUUUCCAGGUUUUCACAAGUUUUGUCAAUCUUACAGUUUAGCUAUAGGGGCUUGUAGCUUUUUGGUGGUUAACACAAUCCUCCCACGGUUUGCACCUGUUUUUCUGUGGUUCAAGAAAAUUUGGAGAGUAGAAUUUGGUGUCAAAAUUGUGGUGGCGUAGGAGCCUACAUCUCACAGCCAAUGAAGCCACAGCUUUGGCUAAGGGGGCCCCCUCCAACUCCUGCCCCCCGUGUCCUCCAGACCUCUGCUGUGGCUGCCCCGUGUGACAUGCUGCCAAGUAUUUCCAAAUUGUUCAUUCCACAGUGAACAAACAGGUGUUUCUUUGGCCUCUUACUGGCUGUAAGGAAAUACUGGGCUGUAAGGGCCAAGACAUGCUUGUGGUUUGGGAAAAACCUGGAGAUGUGGGUGUGAAACUUGGGGAGGGCGUGGUUGGGGGCGGGGGAAAGAAACUUCGAAAGGGUGUUAUGCCAAACAUUCCACCUCCCAGGAUGAACUGGUGAACUUACCUCUGUUGCCUGGACAUCAGUAGGGAUAAUGGGAGUUUAUGUUGUAAGCCUCUUUGAGCUGUGUAAGGAAGAAAAAUGGUUAAAUAAAUAAAGGAAUAGUUGUAUCAUC